AUUUCGACAUGGAAACCCCUUCGACUUCCUUUUCACGUCGGACUCCAUUCGGCAUUAGACGUAAACGUUGGUCACCGUAACUCACCGAUCAGCUACACGAUGUCCGGAGGCUUAGACGCACUUGCUCUCAAGGAGGAAGAUGUAACAAAAUUUCUGGGCUGCUCAACUCACUUGGGCAGUUCCAAUGUUGACUUUCAGAUGGAACAGUACUGCUUCAAGAGGAAGCCUGAUGGUGUGUACAUCAUCAAUCUGAGGAGGACCUGGGAGAAGCUGCUUCUUGCUGCCAGGGCCAUUGCUGCCAUUGAGAACCCAGCUGAUGUGUGCAUCAUCUCAGCCCGCCCAUAUGGCCAGAGGGCUGUACUGAAGUUUGCUUCAGCUACUGGUGCUACACCCAUUGCUGGCAGGUUUACACCUGGUACAUUCACCAAUCAGAUUCAGGCUGCAUUCAGGGAGCCCCGUCUGCUGGUUGUGACAGACCCCCGAACAGACCACCAGCCCUUGACAGAGGCAUCAUACGUCAACAUCCCUGUCAUUGCCCUGUGUAACACUGACUCUCCACUGAGAUACGUGGACAUUGCUAUCCCAUGUAACAACAAGGGUCCCCAGUCCAUUGGUCUGAUGUGGUGGCUGUUGGCUCGCGAGGUUCUCCGUCUGCGUGGCACCAUUUCUCGUGAACACCCAUGGGAGGUGAUGGUCGAUCUCUACUUCUACAGGGAUCCAGAGGAGGCUGAGAAGGAGGAGCAGACUGCCAUCGCAGACAAGGUGACAGCCAAGGAAGACCAAUGGGCUCCUGAUGCUGCGCCUCCCAUGCAGUCUGCCCCUGAGGUGUCUGACUGGGCAGCAGAGGCUCCUACACUGCCAUCACAGCCCAUGAGCAGCCAGUUUGCAAUGACUGGUCAGGCACCAACCGAGGACUGGUCUGCUCCCGCUGAUGACUGGUCCAAGCAGGUUCCUGCUCCAGCAUCUGGAGCAGGAGCAGCAGCAGCACCACCCACUACACAGUGGGGAGGCGACUCUGUGGAGAACUGGAGCUAGACACCAAGCUUAGAUCACAUGAACAGUAGAUUUCAUAUAUUAAAAAGCAGUCUGGUAUCAUCUGACUUGUGUUAAAGAAGGAAAAAAUAAAAAGUCAAGAUUA